AUGCUGGCGCUGGGGUUGGAAGGAAGCGCAAACAAGCUGGGGGUCGGAGUUGUGAGAGAGGAUGGGACGAUACUGUCCAACGUUCGUCACACGUUCGUCACCCCUCCUGGAACUGGUUUCCUACCCAAAGAAACGGCUGAGCAUCAUAGGAAGUAUGUCGUGCAACUAGUGCAGCAAGCAAUCAGAGAAGCUUCGAUCAAGCCGGACGAGCUCGACUGCAUAUGCUACACCAAGGGGCCUGGCAUGGGGGGACCUCUUCGAGUAUGCGCUGUCGUAGCGAGGAUGCUUGCACAGAUGUGGAAGAAGCCUCUCGUGGGUGUCAACCACUGCGUAGCUCACAUCGAGAUGGGGAGGGUCGUGACGGGCGCGAGCGAUCCUGUCGUGCUCUACGUGAGCGGGGGAAACACGCAGGUGAUCUCCUACUCUCAAGAUCGCUACAGAAUCUUCGGAGAAACCAUCGACAUCGCUGUCGGCAACUGCCUGGAUCGAUUCGCUCGCAUCGUCAUGUUGUCCAACGACCCGUCGCCAGGCUUCAACAUCGAGCAAGCCGCUAAGAAGGGAUCGCAAUUCGUGGAGCUGCCGUACGUGGUGAAGGGAAUGGAUGUCUCCUUCGCAGGCAUCCUGAGCAACAUCGAGGACAUUGCCAAGGAGAAGCUGGAGAAGGAGGAGUGUACAGUAGAGGACCUCUGCUUCUCUCUGCAGGAAACGGUCUUCGCCAUGCUCGUCGAGACUACAGAGCGAGCGAUGGCGCACUGCGGGAACACAGAGGUGCUGGCGGUGGGAGGAGUCGGAUGCAACAAACGGCUACACGAGAUGCUGUCGAUCAUGGCGGAGGAGCGAGGAGGCCGAGCCUUUACGACGGAUGAUCGCUACUGUAUCGACAACGGAGCCAUGAUCGCCUACACGGGCCUCCUCAUGUUCCGUAACGGUCACGUUACUCCUUUGUCGGAAGCUACCUGCACUCAGCGAUUCCGAACAGACGAAGUUCUCGUCAACUGGCGAGGGAGCGAGCCUAAAGAGCCGGCGCCCAAGCAAGCGGUGUGGGCUCCUCAGCUUCCUGAAAGUUGA